ACUAGAAACCGAACAGUCACACAGACAGUUGGAGACAGAUAAUGGCUACACACUGAUAACAGACGGAUUUAAAAUAUCUUGUGAGUAGCCGAGCUAAAUUGUGGAAGCGACCAUCUCGGCAAAGAUAUAAACUAACGUAUGUCGCCUGUCAUAGGAAACAGUACAGUCGUGUAUGCUUUUGUUUUAUCCUGGAAAAUAAUCCAGUGUGUCUCGAGUCUGCGUGUUUACUCGCGGUUGGAAAGUGGCGUGUUGGAAUUUAUUUGGAAUGGGGAACGACAAAGUUUGUAGGAUGUUUUCCCAUUUGCUGGUUCUGAUUAUUUUUGCACUUUUACCGCAAGCAGAUGGUCAGUAUGGUGAGCGUGGAAUGUCUGUUCCUGAACAUGGCUUUUGCCAACCUAUUUCCAUUCCUCUCUGUACGGAUAUUGCCUAUAACGAGACUAUCAUGCCAAAUUUAUUAGGGCACACAAACCAAGAGGACGCGGGGCUUGAAGUGCACCAGUUUUAUCCGCUUGUGAAAGUUCAAUGCUCUCCUGACCUGAAGUUUUUCCUCUGUUCCAUGUAUGCUCCCGUUUGUACGGUGCUGGAACAAGCACUGCCUCCGUGCCGCUCGCUCUGCGAGAGAGCGAGGCAGGGCUGCGAGGCUCUGAUGAAUAAAUUCGGCUUCCAAUGGCCUGACAGCCUCGCCUGUGAAUCUUUCCCUGUUCACGGAGCGGGUGAGUUGUGCGUCGGGCAAAACGUGUCUGAUAGAAGCGCUCCUAUUAAUCCUACAUCAGAUGUAACAGAAUCAUCUCAUGGACAGCAUAGGACUGUAAAGGGACAGUUUAGAUGCCCAGUUGCAUUGAAAGUACCCCCCUAUUUGAACUACCGUUUUCUUGGGGAGGAGUAUUGUGGUGCACCUUGUGAGCCCUCAAAACCCCAUGGCAUGAUGUACUUCAAUGAGGAUGAGUUGAAAUUUGCCAAGAUAUGGAUUGGAAUAUGGUCUGUGUUAUGCUGCGGGUCCACUCUGUUCACGGUUUUGACCUACUUGGUGGACAUGCAGAGGUUCAGCUACCCAGAGCGACCCAUCAUUUUCCUAUCAGGCUGCUACACUAUGGUGUCAAUAGUCUACAUCGCUGGCUUCUUGUUGGGGGACAAGGUGGUAUGCAACGACCGCUUUGACAGUGACGUCAAAACGGUCGUCCAAGGCACCAAAAAGGAGGGCUGCACCAUUUUGUUCAUGAUACUUUACUUUUUCAGCAUGGCCAGCUCCAUCUGGUGGGUCAUCCUAGCCUUGACGUGGUUCUUGUCAGCCGGGAUGAAGUGGGGUCACGAGGCCAUCGAAGCCAACUCGCAGUACUUCCACCUGGCGGCAUGGGCAGUACCUGCCGUCAAGACCAUCACCAUCCUGGCGGUGGGGCAGGUGGACGGAGACGUUCUGAGCGGCGUGUGCUACGUGGGCAAUAACAGCGUGGACGCUCUCCGAGGUUUCGUUCUGGCGCCGCUCUUCAUCUACCUCUCCCUGGGCACCUCGUUCCUUCUGGCAGGCUUUGUGUCGCUCUUCCGCAUCCGGACCAUCAUGAAGCACGACGGCACCAAGACGGAGAAACUGGAGAAGCUCAUGGUGCGCAUUGGCAUCUUCAGCGUGCUCUACACGGUGCCCGCCACCAUCGUCAUCGCAUGCUACUUCUAUGAGCAGGCGUUCAGGGAACAGUGGGAGAAGAGUUGGGUGAGUCGGACAUGUAAAAACUACGCCGUGCCAUGCCCCGGGCACCAUCAACCGCAGAUGUCGCCAGACUUUACCAUCUUCAUGAUCAAGUACCUGAUGACGUUGAUCGUGGGUAUCACCUCUGGCUUUUGGAUUUGGUCGAGUAAGACGCUGAAUUCGUGGAGGAGAUUUUAUACGAGACUGGCGAUCAAUAAACAGGGUGAGACGACCGUGUGAGAACUUAUACUGUUUGUUAUCCCCUGAACAUAUUAUGACAGACACAUGAAUUGAAGAAAAGGCUACUGUGACACUCAAAUGAAAAAAAAUGUAAAUACACUUUUCUGGACAUUUUUGUAUGUAUAUUUGUAUUUAAAAUAGACCACACAUUUGAUUCUCAUCAAUCACACUUUGAUCCAAAAGGAAGAAAAGUUCUUAUCUAGUUCAAUGAGGAGAAUUGGACUGUAUGAACAUUUUCAUUCAUUCUAUUGGUGCUCCAUUGAACUUUUUCAUGUCAUCCCUUUAGUAGCGUUUCAUGUGAACUAUGGGAAUAUCUCAAUUGCAUAGUCCUUGCGUCCUCGCUCAUCUCCUUCUCGAAACCCAUUGGAUGAGAAAGCCAGAGGUCCCUCCCCUAUGCAAUUGAGAUCUUCCCUAUGUUUGAGAAAAAGUCAACAAGGUUCUGUUGGACUUUUGCUGUAUUUUAUGGGUCAUAAUGACCUUGUUCAAAAUUAGCCUGUAAUCUGUCCACUAUUUCAAACCUGGAAAUUGGCCACUUUAUAGUUUAUUCUCGUUUCUAUUGACAUCCUUGUUUUACCAUGUGUUUUCAGGGGAUGUUUGCGCAUUCAUUUGUCUUUCCCCAUGUGUAUUUUGUGUUUUGGGGAUAUUUUACCAUUACAGUGAGUGCAGACUGCUCCAAAGAAAUAUUGGAUUAGGGGUUGAGAUCUAUAUCCCAAUGUGUUAACAAAAGGCCUGUCGCUAUUGAGCUAUUUUGAAUUUCGCACUCAUUCAAAAGCCUUUUACCUAUGGUGAUAGCUCCAAAAUGAUUACUUUCUCUCUACCCACAAGCUAUACAACUGGAAUUGACUUUGACAAUAAUGGAAUGCUCAGUCCAAUGCCUUUUGUUUUAAUGAAGAGUGUGUGGGUGGGGUUAUUGUGUUUGAAGUCCAAUAAUCCAGCUGUCUACACAAUUAUCCAACAGCUGUUGAUCAACCUCUUUCUAGUCACCAAGGGAUUGUUCUCUGGUGACUUCGAGCACAUUACUCUGCUUAAAUGGGUGAAAAUGUACUAAUACCUCACCCCACAUGGCAUCCUUGAAUAAAACAUUCUCAACUUUAAUGAGUCCUUAGACAUCGGUCACAUUCGUGCAUGCGUGCAUGUUGCGCAUAUGUCAUAGUCGUUAUUUUAUAAUACAAAGCAAAGCUCGUAUCCAAUUGUCAGUCACAGCUCUGUAAUGGAUGGUGUUUUGACAAGGGUAAUUUUAUAGCUCCUUUGUCAAAGGUAAUUCAUUGAGCUCUUGCUUCCCUAACGCACUUCCCUAAGGGUCGUGUUCAUUAGGUACCAAACAGUAGAAAACAGACACAGGGAGGGAAUGUAUGGACUUGUCCAAUAAGAAGUUUUCCAUUGCAAAAUGUUUUCUGUUGCAUGCCUUAAUGAACACAACCAUGUUGUUCACUUGUUCUCAAUGAUUCUUCAUCUCCAGUUACACAUUUUUUUUUUUAAAUCAAAGGCAUCACCGCUGAUAUUGAUUUUUGUGUUUUAGCGCUGUGGUAUAUUUUCUUACCCAGGUAUUACAUUUUCUUAAUCAGAGCCAUUUUUAUGGUGCUACAUUUGUAGGUCAAUCAUGUUUGUAUACUGACCAAUGUUUUAUAAAUUGCAUAUAACGUUCUACUAGUAACCUUUUUAAUUCUACCAAUGUGUAUAUUGAACAGAUAAUCUUAGCAUACCAUCAUUUUAAAUGAAAAUAAAAGCUCCCUCCAUUUUUAUACACUAUAAUCCUGGUUUGGAAUUCAUCUUUCUUUGUGGUGAAAGUUUUGAAUUGCAACAGUUUCAGCUAAAAUCUUGCCAAUUGGGAAGUGUUUACUGCCCUACCAAGCAAAAAGGCAGUAACUGCUCAUAGCGUGGAAUUUAGAAGAAUGGCUUUUAUUUACCUUGGUUUCACAUUAAGUUUAUGCAGUUAUCGCUAACAUGACCCCCAUUUUCUCCAAAAUACAAUAGAGGCAGGAUACUUGUCCACAUGAUUAAGCAUAUAUUUAAUGUAUCAAAUAUAACAAACUCAUUUUUGACCAAUUGAGCAGUUACUGCCUUUUUGCUCAGUAGGGCAGUAUAGUGCGUUCUGCUUCCCUGUAGCUCCUGGUUGUCUUUAUGUACAGUAGAUAGUGUUACACUGUGUCAAAAAUGUAGGCCAACAAAGGUAACUUGAAGCUUUUAGAUGAAGAGCUUUGUGACACUAUUUGAAACCGCUGACAGUCUAGUUGAUUUACUACUGGGCAGUGUACGUUAGACACCAAAUGGGGGGGAAAAAACAGGGAAGCACAACCAAGACUUCAUUUUCCGAUGCAUAACAUUAAAUCAUUUUUCCAAUUGUGUUCUCUAAUAAACACAACCCUGGUGUUACUGAACAGAAAAGUAUACUUUGAAAGAAGGUAGUAAAGUAUAGUGCCUAUACCAGUGGUUCCCAAACUUGGGGUAAAAUUGAAAUGGUGUCCCCUGAGAAAGUCUGUAAUCUUAUCAAAGA